AUUGGAGAAUUGAAUCAGGGCUCAUCUCGUUACGUGCACGAGUGGAAUGCUCCCUCUACACAGAGGCACAACUACAGAGAAAAGAACGAAAGAAACUAGAGAAAAACGUCUACGAAACCAGGAGAAAAUCUCACCACAGAGAGUGUCCAUAAUUCACGUUUUGAAGUAGACCUUCGUCACGAGUCAUAAAUCCUAAUUUGCAAGGAUUUUGAGUUGAAUUAGCGGCUUCAUCUAAAAGGUACUCAGAGGAGUUUGUGGCUUUACCUUGAUUAACAGUAACUGCUCCUCCUGACUCAUGAGUACCCCGGAUCAUGAUGUACUGCCACACUUGCUACCCUGUGAGGGUCUUAAACAAGAGGAGGCUGUAAAGAGGCCUUGAAGUCUUCAUCACACUCGCAUACUCUUCCUUAGUCUACUCGCAUUCAUCGCUAAUUAGUCACUUCGUCUUCAAAGUGGCAGAGUACGACACAACCAAGACAGCCAUACAGCGUUGUAUCCAAGCCAGCAUCAUGAAAGACACCUCCAUGGUCGUCGUGUUUGCCGUUUUUGGAGCUGCCGUCCUCCUCUCACUGCCAGCUGAGGGUGGGCAGAACCCAGAUUACAUGCUUCACGGCACUGGGGUCAAGCCCGGAUCGGAUCCAAAGAGACCCCAUACUGGGGACGGGUCCACCGUUGCCCCCGAGGAUGCUGCCCGCUUCCUUAGCUGCUAUUGCUCGAUCCACUGCCCCGAAGAUGCCACAAACAACACCUGCGAGACGAACGGCCAGUGUUUUGCUAUUGUAGAGGAGGAUGAGCACGGCGAGGCUAUCCUCACCUCCGGCUGCAUGAAGUACGAGGGCUCCCACUUCCAGUGCAAGGACUCUCCUAAUGCUCAGCCCAGACGGACCAUUGAGUGCUGUUCCACAGAUUUCUGUAAUAGAGACCUUCAGCCCACACUUCCACCUCCUAUUCCAGGAAAGCCUCAGUUAUGGAACGCCCACUUGCUGGCCUUUCUGAUCUCCGUGACAGUGUGUUGCUUCACUUUGGUGGCCAUAACUGUGGUGUGUUACUACAGGUAUAAGCUACAGACGGGACGGAGGCGGUACCAAAGAGAUCUGGAGCAGGAUGAGGCCUUCAUCCCAGUAGGAGAGUCUCUUAAAGAUCUUAUUAGUCAGUCAAGCACUGGCUCUGGUUCAGGGCUCCCCCUGCUGAUCCAGCGCACCAUCGCUAAACAAAUUCAGAUGGUACGUCAAAUCGGAAAGGGUAGGUAUGGAGAAGUGUGGCUCGGUCGCUGGAGAGGAGAAAAGGUGGCGGUGAAAGUGUUCUUUACUCGUGAAGAGGCCAGUUGGUUUAGAGAGACCGAGAUUUACCAAACUGUGCUCAUGAGACACGAGAAUGUACUCGGCUUUAUAGCUGCAGAUAUUAAGGGCACGGGGACAUUCACUCAGCUUUUCCUCAUCACGGACUACCAUGAGAACGGCUCUCUCCAUGACUAUCUGAAAUACACCACCCUGGACACACAGGCUCUGCUGAGGUUGGCCUACUCUGCAGCCUGUGGUCUGUGCCACCUCCACACAGAGAUCUACGGCACACAGGGCAAACCUGCCAUCGCUCACAGAGACCUAAAGAGCAAGAACAUCCUCAUAAAGAAGAAUGGCACCUGCUGCAUUGCUGAUCUGGGCCUGGCUGUGAAAUUCAACAGUGACACCAAUGAGGUGGAUGUCCCUCUGAGCACAAGGAUGGGAACACGGCGGUACAUGGCACCAGAGGUUCUGGAUGAGACCCUGAAUAAGAACCAAUUCCAAGCAUACAUAAUGGCUGAUAUUUACAGCUACGGUCUCGUUGUUUGGGAGAUGGCCCGCAGAUGCGUGACAGGAGGUAUUGUUGAGGAGUAUCAGUUGCCAUACUGGGACAUGGUACCUUCAGAACCGUCCUAUGAGGACAUGAGGGAAGUGGUAUGUGUCAAAGGCAUGCGGCCAGUGGUGUCUAAUCGCUGGAACAGUGACGAGUGCUUACGGGCCAUGCUAAAGCUUAUGUCUGAGUGCUGGGCCCACAACCCCUCCUCUCGCCUCACUGCUCUUCGGGUCAAGAAAACACUUGCCAAAAUGGUUGAAUCACAGGAUAUCAAAAUAUGACCAGUUUUCCCUCCAUAUGCCAGUCUGAGAUAUAUCAUGGAGAUGUUUAUGCUCGAUUUAUGAACUAUUGCCUGUGACCUGUGGGAGCGCUGCUGAGCAGAACAUUUGCCUCCCUGUCUGGCUGUAAUUCCUCGUCCUGUUGCAGUUAGGCUCUUAGUGUCAUGUAGCACCCUCUGCUGGACAGUAUGUGCCAUAACGCAUCCACGAGGAAGUAGGGACAACUGUUCAACAGACAUCAGUACUCACACCAUACCCAUCGCCACCAUUUUUCCUUCUUCAGACACUCUUAUAUAUUGGGGGAGAAUUGAAGAGCAUAUGGUGCUUUCUGUGAAAGCUGUGUAACACAAUACAUUUGUAUGGAGGAGUGGCAAGGUUGCACCAUUUGCCAUGGGAGCAUAGUAAUGGAGCCAUUUAGGAGAAGGCUUGAGGCUCUGUUAUUGACUGACUUGAGAGGUGGGCAUAUUUGUGGUGAUAUUUGGACCGAACCAGCCAUAUGCUUGGGAUGUGCUCCACUAUGGCUAGUUUCAAAAUGGUUUAAUAGUUUAAUUCAAAUAACUCACUUUGUCAUUUCCCGUUAACUAUAUUAAUAUUUUAAUCAAUAGCCUUUUUGAAGAAUUAUUCCUUCAACUGCUUUCCUUUCUAAGAAUCUGUCCAUUAGAUGUUCAAAUACAAAACUGGGUGUUAGCGAUAGGGUUUUUUACUUUUGCAAAGACCCGGAAUGGAUUUGUUGUUAGAAAUAGAAGGUUCAGGUAUAAUGAGUAAUGUGAUCAUAACUCCAGCUCUGGCAUGAAGAAUUGAAGUACCAUCAGUCAAAUAUUGCCAGCACUGCAGCCAUAAAAAAAUCUAUUCAUCUAUAAGAUAUUGUGACUUUCAAUCACCCAGAAUGGCAGAUCUAACCUGCCUUAUCGCAGACGUGUCGGUGCAAAUGGAUGCCUUCUGCUCCCAAAUGCCUCAUAACCAUUGUUUUGUUUUAUCCUACAGCCUUCGAGUCAACCUCAGUAUAUCACAUCUGAUUUUUUUUUUUUUUUUCAGUGUCAGAUUGGAUUGCUGUUUUCAAUGCCUCAUUUGAACUGUUUUGCCUUGAAUCCAAUGUUGUGACGCUUGGAAAUCAUUUGACUCAUAAAUGUCUAAUGUGAUUGAAAAAUGCAAAUGCAUGUGCUAUUUAUUCAUGUCAUGUCAUGUAGUAUGAACUAUUGUGGUAAGAUACUUUUACUUGCAGGACUAUUAACACUGUUCUUGCAAAUGACUUUCUCAAUGUUUUUACUGAGCAGCUCAACCUUACAAAUACUAGUAAUAGUAAACUUUAAAAUGAAAUUCUACAUUUAAUGACUUCCUAUGAAAGUGUGGGUGUGAAUUAUCAUUUUUCAUUGUUCUAACGUGUAAAACUAGACCUUUAUCUAUAAUUUAGUCAGGACAGGCGACUUAAGUUCACCUUUCACAUGAACAUUUUUCCCCAUAACUUAUGAGGUCAUGUGAACACAUUUUUCUUUUUUGCAAGCUUAGUCAAUGAUUUGAAUCAUGCAAUACAUUAUUAGCACUUGUGGGGAAUUCAGGUUUAACUUCAAAACCAGGGUCCUUUCCCUCUGAAACACGUUGGCCAUUUCUUGAAGAUCAGGUUAUUUCAUGGGAGUGUAUUUAUGCCAGUGAUUUAUAGCUGCCUGUGAAAUUUAAGUAAUGAAGAUCUCAUUCCACUUCUGCAUUUCUACAAAGGUACAAGGAAAGAGAGAGAGAGGUACUAAAACUUUUGCUUUGAAGAUUCAGAUCUUGCAUUGCUUGUGCGUGUCUUUUCUCAUUGUUUGGGCUGCAGUUUUGUGCUCAAGCCUAUUCUGUCCAUUACAAUCAUGCAAGUUAACUGAUUUAAGCUUAUCUGUUUAGAUAAAUGACACAAUUUGUUUUUUGUCCUAAUUGUUUAAUGUGUAAGGAAAUAUGUAAAAUGGCCUGAAUAAUAUGAACCUUUUUUUUAACUGUAUUGUGCACAGUAUCUGGUUUUAAGAGAUAUGCCUUAUGUUUACCAAGAAAAGCUGUUCUGUACACAUAAUUAGUCCAAUGUAUCCAUUUUUAAGUAAAUUACCUUAUUUUAGUACACA